CAGGGAAAAUAUAGUGAAGUAAAAGUAGUCAAAAAUAUAAAUAGUAAAGUACAGAUACCCCAAAAAACGACUUAAGUAUUUUUACUUGAGUACUUUACACCACUGUGUGUGUGUGUGUACACGUGUACACGUGCAUGUAACACAGAAGGCACCAGUGAGAGGAUCAGAGGGGACCAUAUAGUGCAUUCUAGCUUCCUGUCUCCCUGUGUGUAACAGUGAGUACAGUUUGAGUGAUGUCAGACGUGAUCUCAUCUCUGCACUGGGAGCAUCAGACUGACCAAUCAGUAGUGAGGGAGGUGCAACAGGGUUUAAAAGCAAAGUUGUUUCUCUGAAAAUCAACAUUUCCGCCUGGCUCUUCAUCAUUGGCGAGGGAAUCUCGAUGCUAUCCGCCAAACGAGAAGCUACAAAAUGAAUUAUGUUUCUGGAUUCCUUUCAAUCGUUAUUGCUUUGUUCAUCUCUUCAACAGGGGCUGAAAAUGUGGUGUAUGGUCAGGUGGGAGGGACGGUCACACUCCCCAGAUUGAAGUGGGGUUCAGAAAAGGUGACGGUACAAUGGUACUUUGGGAUGGACCAAAAAUCUUUGAUAUUCCGCAACGCCCAGGGUCGAGAGACAAUAGAUCCAGAGUGGAAAGACAGGCUGUCUCUGUCCAAGACAGACUUCUCCCUGAUCAUCAACAAAAUCAGACUGGAGGACUUCAAAUCCUUCAAAUGUGAACUGAAAGAUUUCAGGCCAACACAAAUGACCUCAGUCACCACAUUCAGACUGUCCCGUGUGAGUGUACAGCCAGUCUCUCCCCUGUUGGCUGGGAAGAAUCUUAAUCUGAAUUGUGACAUAAAGGAAAUAUUUGAGGGGACACAGAGAAGAUGGCUUAGUCCCCAGAAACAGGACCUGAACAAGGACAAGCGUGCCCAGAUUGGAAAUAACGGGGGCCUGACAGUAAUGAAUGUCACUGGCCAAGACAAUGGAGAGUGGACCUGUGUGGUGACAUACCAGGGCAGGGAAGCCUAUGCCAACACCCCUGUUACUGUAAUAGACCUCUACCCUGCUCAUCCACAGCCUAUCUACACCUCUGUCUCCUCCCUCUCUCUUCUUCAUCUGCCAUGUUUCUUUUCCAUUCCGCUUCCUCUAUCCUGGUCAGACAGCCAGGAGAAGAGCAUCCAGGGAGGCCGCUGGACCUUUACCCCAAGCCCAGCGGCAGGCUCCCUCACUGGGGUCGUCCAGACCCUCGCCAACCUCUCCCCGGGGCCUCCAUUAGCCUGGGUGGCCAAUCAGAAGAGAGGGCUGGAUGUCUCAGCCCUGCAGAGGAAAAGUAUAAACCUCUCCCUGUCAAAGAAAGGGGUGACAGAGGGGGACAGGGGCGACUACACCUGCGCUGUGGAGUUCCAGAGGGACGACACCCUGAAGAGAGAAAUGCGUGUGGAGGUGCUACAGGUGUUUACCUCUCCAGGUCCAGUGGCCUUUUUAGGUCAGGAGGUCAACCUCACCUGUACCCUGGGCCAGCCUCUGACCUCUGACCUGGAAGUGAAAUGGAUCCCACCACAUCACUCCUCCCUCCUCCCUUUAGACUCCUCCCCCCACCCCACCCUUCUCACCAUCCCCGUAGCGACGUAUGGAAAUGGUGGGAGGUGGAGGUGUGAAUUGUGGAGGAACAAAACCAAGCUGACAUCAGUGGAGAUCACUCUGAAGAUAGAGCGAGUCCCCAUGGACGUGUGGCUGUUGGUCACCAUCUGUGCCGCAGCCGUCAUCUUCGUCCUCCUCCUCAUCCUCACUGUCAUCCUCAUCCGACGCCGCAGACAGCAGGUGAUGAUGCCCAGACGUGGCAAACGCAGAUUCUGCAACUGCCAAGACCCCAAACCAAAAGGAUUCUACAGAAACUAGAGAUAUUGUACAGACCGGAAUCCCUGUCAAUGGACAAUGUGUCUACUGUUUUGUCUUAGCUCUUCUAUUCUGACACAAAGAAACACCAAAAGGACAAAAGAAGCAAGAAAGAAGAUGUUUUCAUGUGAUAUUUGAUCAUAGAUUUCACAAGUGUAUAUUGUCAUGCUUUAUGACCUAUGAUUGAGCUACAAUUGAACAAAUACUGUAUAUAAAUAUGUAUUGCUACUG